AGCGAACUUCCGUUCAACGACUCUUCAAAAGGGCAAGAAUACGGUUUUUAACAAGAUGUGAGAUCAACUAGAUUUACCAGUAGGAGUUAUUGAUUGAUUAAAUGUGAUUUCAAACAGAAUUCACCCUUUCAGUAGUCUGUGAGGCUUCCAACAUACUGUAACGUUUCCAUAGUUUAUGUGAAUUCCAACAGAAUUCUUUCUACGGGAGUGCCUGCAGCCGCUGCGACUCUGGAAUGUCUGUACUGUGGAGAAAUCUGGCACAGGUGCCACUCGGGUGCCGGGCAGUCUACGUGAGGCUGGGGCGUCAGGCGGCUGCCUCAGUCGUCCAGGUCCAGCAGAGGGCGACGACAGGCUCAGCUGGGGACGGGGCCGGGAAGGGAGGGGGCAGUGGAGGAUCCAUUAGAAGCGCCGGAGGUGGUUUUGGCAAGAUGGAGGUAGCGCAUGAAGAGAAGUAUUUCCGUGAAGAACAGGCUAGGCAGCUGGCUGGAUUGAAGAUUCAUGAGAUUAAGAAUGAGAUGAAGGGUUAUGAGAAACAGAUCGCAGAAUGCAAGGAGAAUAUCGCGAAUCUGAAACAGUCGCUAAAGAGAGAGCCAGGCAAUGAGGAGCUGAAGAUUAAUCUCAAAAUUCACAAGAGUGAUUUGAGCAAAUAUGAAAGCCAUCUAAAGGAUUGUCAACAGCAGUUAAAACACAUUGAAGCCAAACAAGAUUAACCCAAGGGACGUAUCUCCAGAGGGGGGAAAACACUUCGAAAUCGUUUUAAAUAUGUUUGGCUUUUGAUAAGAAUGGAAAAUCCAACAAUAAAGCUAUCAUUCCUUGUUAAAUUCGAUAAAUUUUCUUAGAAUAGAAACGGCUGUCUAAAAUAGUAUCUAUUUAGCAAUAGAUGAUUGUUAAGUCCCGAAACCUUACUUUUACAGCAUAAAGUUAUUUUUGUUUAUUAGCUAAGUGCUAACCAACUUAUAUAGAAAAUAAACAAUUGAGUUCGUUGAAUACAAAACUA